AUGGCGUCGGGUACCUGGAUCCAUGUGAGCUAUUUCACAAAGCUUCACGAUGCAACAUCAUGCACGCAAUACGGUAGAACGCAAGCGGCCGACCGGGCCCUGGCAGGCACGACACCGGAGGUGGUCCCGGAGCACACGGAAGAUGCGCAACUAUCCAACGUUGCAUGGGAAAGCUACGAUCGGAGAGACAUCGGUGUGACCGGGAGAGACCGUCUUAGUUCACAUGGGAGACACAAGCAUCGCACCGAUCGCCCGUCAACGGCCCAGCCUCCCUGCUCCUCCUCUUCCCCCCUCGAGAGCAGACUUCUUCCCUUGCGGAAGUGGCCCGAUGCCAUGUUUAGCAACGCGGCGAAUGCAUGUCGUGGUGACGCGCACGGGGAUGGUCCCUGCAGUGGCCCGCUCGUAGGGUGGCACAAGGGCCUAUUCCCUUGGAUCCCAUCGGGCGGUCAAGGCCAUCGCCCGUCUGCAGAAGCAGGAGGCCGCCCCAGACCGCUCUCUUGGAAUUUUGUUGAGGGCCGUGGUGGCGAUGUGGACAAUUGGGGAGACGGCAACGCAAGGCGUGGAAGUGGCAUUCUUUGUCUCGGGUGCCACGGCGCGACUGUGAUUGAGCUGCUCGUAACCCCGCAGAACGAUGUCGUGGUCGUCUAG